AUGGAAACGAUCGUUUUAUCAGCUCCAAUUGUUCAAGAUGAAUUGGUAACAAAAAUAUCUAUUGAAGAAAUGAUUACAAAAGUGGAUGAUAUCAAAGAGGAUAUUGAAUUUUUGGAAAUAGUUACUGAUAAACUGUUAUUUUUCAAUCAUACUGUGAUGCCAAUUGAUGAAAAUGUUGAAAUACAUAAUGAUCUUCUUUUUAAAAAUGACGAUACAAUUUCGAAAAUUUUUAAAACUGAAAAUUCUCAAUUAUUUCAAACGAAUUUUUCUGAUAAUCAUGUUUAA